UGAACAGGGGCAGCAUUUCUUUUCUUUUCUUCUUGUUGAUUUAAAGCCCAACAUUAUUCCAUGUUUGGGGCUCACGCCAAGUUUCCUAGGCCUCUUUUUAACAUGGGAAACUUCUGUGCUCAUGGUGGAAAUGGCUAUGUUGAGAAUCCGUUUUUUGAACCAUGGUCCACAUUGACGGUUGAUGGAAAAAAUGCCUUCCAUGAUCAUAAAUUACAAUUAUAAAAGGCCAAACGAGCUCAGAAGAAACCAUUGCUGGACCUUCUACCCUUCCACCAUCUUCUCCACAAUCAGUAAAUGCUGGGCCUUCUACUACUCCAUUAUCUUCUCAACCUUCUCAACAACCAGCUAACGCUGGACCUUCUACGUCUACCACUCCAAAGGAUUUGGAGACAUUUCUACAUAAAUUCAAUGAUGUAAGCCAGCUUCACGAUCUGAUUAAGUUCGUUGAACAUCUAUUGAAGAUCGCGUCGGGAGAGAAGAAGGAAGAAGGAUCUAGUUCCGAAGUAAAUUCUUAUAUCCAGGAUGGCCAAACACUACUGGAGUUUGUAGAUAAACACAUUGGCAAACUUCCUCAAGAGUUAAAGUUUCAAUUUCGGAAAUCUAAAAUCAACUUGUGCUGAAAUUUCAAAAUGAUUUAAACUCUAGCCAGUUAUACAUUAAUGGGUGGCUAAAACUCUACACUUUUGGGAAAUAAAUUAUAUUAAAUGAAUAUUUAUUGUCAUAGCUUUCUUACAUAUCAUGGAUUUCUCCGUACAGAAGGAUUCCAUAGAUAGGUUAGGUGCAGAGGCACAGAAAGUUCUCACAGAUUUGCUCAAAUGCUUUGGGAAAAUUCACUGGGUGGGGGCAGCACUUUCUAUGGUGGGAUUUGCAUUGGCCAGAUAUAAUGAGAUGUCUAGCAACCAAAGAGAGUGCCUUGAAAUUUUGAAAGCUAUGGUUAAUCUUGGGAAGCAAAUAGUGGAGUUGAAUGAGCAAAUGCCAGAGCAGAAGAAGCAUUUAAAUGAGGCAGUGGAAUGCAUCGUUGUAGGAUGCAGCAUCUGCACCUCCCAACUUACAGCAGCCAAAACAUUCAGAUUUCUUACUGCUUCAGUCAACGCCGAGAGUUUAAAGGCAUUCCAAGCGAGAAUAGACCGCCUGUACAACGAUCUUCAAUUGUGGGGUAUCAUUCAAAUAAACAAAGAGCAGCAUGAAAUAAAGAAAGAGCAGCUUGAAAUAAAGGAAGAACAACAUGAAAUAAAGAAAGAACAGCCAAAGUUCGCUCCCCCAUCACAGGACCACAUUGAAUACAAACCAGCAGUUGGAAUCGACAGUGCACGAGAAGAAGUAAUCCGACUUCUAGAUUUGAGUGCACAGCAUACAUCACCGCAAGCUGUGGUUGUGGUUGUCCAUGGUUUCGGAGGAAUCGGCAAGACAACUCUGGCCGAUAAUGUUUAUAAAAAAAUCGACCUCCAAAGUUAUAAGCAGUGCAGAAUUCACAUGCUUCAACAUUGUACAGAGAAUUAUCUGAAAUCCCUCCAAGAACAGAUUUUGAAUGAUUUGUUCAAGCAGAAGCUGAUGUUGAGAGACUGUGACGAAGGACGGCGAAUGAUCUGGUCUCAUUUCAGAAACAAUUCUAAUCAGCCUCUAUUUCUGUAUAUCGACAAUGGACUCCAAAGAGAAGAUCUGAAGAAACUUCUACCUGCAAACUUGGGCAGCUGCCUUCCACCCAAGAGCAGAUUACUUCUCACUACCCGAAAUCUCCGGGAGACGGACAUCUUUGUCUCCUGGAAAAUUGAACGCCAAGCAUAUGCGGUGAGCCCUCUUCCAUCGCCAGAGGCAAGAAACCUUUUGCUGACGAAUGCUUCCGAGUACAAUGAUGAAAGGAACAUAGAGAAGCUGCUUAAGCUUUGUGGUGGUGUUCCGCUUCUGCUUGAUUUAAUUGGUUCGCAACUGGCUAUAAGUACUAAAAAUGCAAAUAAUAUAGAAAUAUUAGAGAUGAUUAGAGAAGGAGAGAAGGUGGAAGACGAAGAUAUCAGCGACCGUAUGGUUGAUUUUGUCUACCAUAGAUUGUCGCCACGUGUCAAAGAGGCCUUUCUGGACAUCGCAUCCUUCUUUUCAACAGGAAGCUUUUCUAGUAAAUAUGUGGCAUACAGAGUUGGAGAAGAGGAAUUGAGAGCUCUAGAAGAGGCGUCAUUCGUCAAGACAGGUGAAUAUGGUGACACGAUAGUUCAUGACAUAGUUCGAGCAAGAGGGAGAAAGAUGUCAGAGAGAAACAGAAUCACAGACCGUGAGAGUUUAUUGGAAUGUUUGAAAGAUGAAGAGAAACUCAAAAACUUAAAAGGCAUCUUUUUUAAUGAACCAUCUGAGCAGCCAGCUCCGAUAGAAAUUAAUGAAUAUCACCUGAACUGUAUGAGUAAUUCGUUAAGAAUAUUACGUUAUGAAGAAGCAUCUCAAAUAACCUUCAGGGGUAAAUGUCUUAAAGCAUUCAAACAACUCAGAUACCUCACACUUCCGAGUGACAUUCCUGAUUUACCAAUGGAGUUUGAGAAACUAGAGCAUCUUUUCUUCUACGAUGGCCCAUUGACGCAAGGCAUGAGUUUGUACGAGCUUCCUCCAACUCUGCGUUACAUGUGCAUUACAAAUAUAAUUUCUUCUGAGAAUGGAGUUGCAAAUUCUAAAAUUCCUUCCAAGGACACUCCACCUUUCUCGCUUGUAGAAUUGAUCUUUUUCAAUAUUCCAACUAUGGAAAGGUUAUCUGAUGGAGUGGAGACGCUAACAAAGUUAGAGGAAUUACAGAUAUAUUAUUGCCCUAAGUUGAGGGAACUUCCUUCCAAAAUCGGAGACCUCAGCAAUUUGGAAAAAAUAGCAUUGUCCGACUGUCCUGGCUUAGAAGAAUGGCCAUCAAGUUUUGAAAAUCUCUCAAAAUUGAAAACAUUAGACUUGAUAGGCUGUUCUCCAAAAUUAAAAGAAUCAUUGCCCCACAAUAUAAAAGAAAAAUGUAAUAUAUAAUAUGAUUAAAUAUUUUUUUCAACAACUCACAUCUUAA